GCUGAUGGAAGCUGAUAGGCAGGGCUGGAGUGUUAGCACCAGUACUGGAUGUGACAGCAGGCAGAGGAGCACUUAGCAGCUUAUUCAGUGUCCGAUUCGGAUUCCGGCAAGGAUCCAAGCAUGGAAUGCUGCCGUCGGGCAACUCCUGGCACACCGCUCCUCUUCCUGGCUUUCCUGCUCCUGAGCUCCAGGACAGCACGCUCUGAAGAGGACCGGGAUGGCCUGUGGGAUGCAUGGGGCCCAUGGAGUGAGUGCUCACGCACCUGCGGGGGAGGAGCCUCCUACUCCUUGAGACGCUGCCUCAGCAGCAAGAGCUGUGAGGGAAGAAAUAUCCGAUAUAGAACAUGCAGUAAUGUGGACUGCCCACCAGAAGCAGGCGAUUUCCGAGCUCAGCAAUGUUCAGCUCACAAUGAUGUCAAGCACCAUGGCCAGUUUUAUGAAUGGCUUCCUGUGUCUAAUGACCCUGACAACCCAUGUUCACUCAAAUGCCAAGCCAAAGGAACAACCUUGGUUGUUGAACUAGCACCUAAAGUCUUAGAUGGGACUCGUUGCUACACAGAAUCUUUGGAUAUGUGCAUCAGUGGUUUGUGCCAAAUUGUCGGCUGCGAUCACCAGCUGGGAAGCACCAUCAAGGAGGAUAACUGUGGAGUCUGCAACGGGGAUGGGUCCACCUGCCGGCUGGUCCGAGGGCAAUAUAAAUCCCAGCUCUCUGCAACCAAAUUGGAUGAUACUGUGGUUGCUAUACCCUAUGGAAGUAGACAUAUUCGCCUUGUCUUAAAAGGACCUGAUCACUUGUAUCUGGAAACCAAAACUCUGCAGGGAGCUAAAGGUGAAAACACUCUCAGCUCGACAGGAACCUUUCUUGUGGACAAUUCUAGUGUGGACUUCCAGAAAUUUCCAGACAAAGAGAUACUGAGAAUGACUGGACCCCUCACAGCAGAUUUCAUUGUCAAGAUCCACAACUCAGGGCCUGCUGACAGCACAGUCCAGUUCAUCUUCUAUCAGCCAAUCAUCCACCGAUGGAGGGAGACAGAUUUCUUUCCUUGCUCAGCAACCUGUGGAGGAGGUUACCAACUGACAUCGGCUGAGUGUUACGAUCUUCGGAGCAACCGUGUGGUUGCUGAUCAAUACUGUCACUAUUACCCAGAGAACAUCAAACCCAAACCCAAACUUCAAGAGUGCAACUUGGAUCCUUGUCCAGCCAGUGACGGAUACAAGCAGAUCAUGCCUUAUGACCUCUACCAUCCCCUUCCUCGGUGGGAGGCCACCCCGUGGACCGCGUGCUCCUCCUCGUGUGGGGGGGGCAUCCAGAGCCGGGCAGUUUCCUGUGUGGAGGAGGACAUCCAGGGGCAUGUCACCUCAGUGGAAGAGUGGAAAUGCAUGUACACCCCUAAGAUGCCCAUCGUGCAGCCCUGCAACAUUUUUGACUGUCCUAAAUGGCUGGCACAGGAGUGGUCUCCGUGCACGGUGACAUGUGGCCAGGGCCUCAGGUAUCGGGUGGUCCUCUGCAUCGACCAUCGCGGAAUGCACACAGGAGGUUGUAGCCCCAAAACCAAGCCCCACAUUAAAGAGGAAUGCGUCAUACCCACUCCCUGCUAUAAACCCAAAGAGAAACUUCCAGUAGAGGCCAAGCUGCCAUGGUACAAACAAGCUCAAGAGCUAGAAGAAGGAGCUGCUGUGUCAGAAGAGCCCUCGUUCAUCCCAGAAGCCUGGUCGGCCUGUACGGUUACCUGUGGUGUGGGGACCCAGGUGCGAAUGGUGAGGUGCCAGGUGCUCCUGCCUUUCUCCCAGUCCGUGGCUGACCUGCCUGUUGAUGAAUGUGAAGGGCCCAAGCCAGCCUCCCAGCGUGCCUGUUACGCAGGACCAUGCCAUGGGGAAGUUCCUGAGCUGACCCCAGAAGAGACAGAUGGCCUCUUCGGUGGCCUACAGGACUUCGACGAGCUGUAUGACUGGGAAUAUGAGGGCUUCACCAAGUGCUCCGAGUCGUGUGGAGGAGGUGUCCAGGAGGCUGUGGUGAGCUGCCUGAACAAACAGACACGGGAGCCUGCUGAUGAGAACCUGUGUGUGACCAACCGCCGGCCCCCACGGCUCCUCAAAUCCUGCAGUUUGGAUCCCUGCCCCGCCAGGUGGGAAAUUGGCAAGUGGAGUCCAUGCAGUCUCACCUGUGGGGUAGGCCUACAGACCAGAGAUGUCUUCUGCUCCCACCUACUUUCCAGAGAGAUGAAUGAAACCGUAAUCCUGGCCGAUGAACUGUGUCAUCAGCCCAAGCCCAGCACAGUGCAAGCUUGUAACCGCUUCAACUGCCCCCCUGCCUGGUACCCUGCACAGUGGCAGCCGUGUUCCAGGACCUGUGGAGGGGGCAUCCAGAAGCGUGAGGUUCUUUGCAAACAGCGCAUGGCUGAUGGCAGCUUCCUGGAGCUUCCUGAGACCUUCUGUUCAGCCUCUAAACUGGCCUCCCAGCAAGCCUGCAAGAAAGAUGACUGUCCCAGCGAGUGGCUCCUCUCUGACUGGACAGAGUGUUCCACAAGCUGCGGAGAAGGCACCCAGACUCGGAGUGCCAUUUGCCGGCAGGUGCUAAAAACCGUCUCGGCCAUUGUCAAUUCCUCCCUGUGCCCUCCCCUGCCGUUCUCUUCAUCCAUCAGGCCCUGCAUGCUGGCAACCUGUGCACGGCCCGGGCGGCCGUCCAGCAAGCACAGCCCCCACAUCGCGGCCGCCAGGAAGAUCUACAUCCAGACCCGCCGGCAGAGGAAGCUGCACUUCGCGGUGGGGGGGUUCGCCUACCUGCUCCCCAAGACGGCGGUGGUGCUGCGCUGCCCCACGCGGCGCUUCCGCAAGCCCCUCAUCACCUGGGAGAAGGACGGGCAGCACCUCGUCAGCUCGGCGCACGUCACCGUGGCCCCGUUCGGCUACCUGAAGAUCCACCGCCUCAAGCCCUCGGACGCGGGCGUCUACACCUGCUCGGCCGGGCCCGCGCGGGAGCAGUUCGUCCUCAAGCUCAUCGGCGGCAACCGGAAGCUGGUGGCCCGGCCCCUGAGCCCGAGGAGCGAGGAGGAGGCCCUGGCGGGGAGGAAGGCCGGCCCCAAGGAGGCCCUGCAGACCCACAAACACCAGAACGGCAUCUUCCCCAACGGCAGCAAGGCCGAGAAGCGCGGCCCCGCCUCGGACGCGGGGAGCCGCUACGAUGACCUGGUGUCGCGGCUGCUGGAGCAGGGCGGCUGGCCCGGGGAGCGCCUCGCCUCGUGGGAGGUGCAGGACUCCACCGAGAGGAACGCGUCCUCCGAGGAGGACCAGAACGCCGAGCAGGCCCCCCGGCCGCCGCCCUUCACCAUGGUGGCCGAGCAGAGGCGCCUGGACGACAUCCUCCGGAACCUGUCCCAGCAGCCCGAGGAGCUCCGGGACGUCUCCCGCAAGCACCUGGUGGCCCAGCUGGCCCGGGACAUCUUCCGCAGCCACCUGGAGCACCGGGACGCGCUGCUCGAGCCCUCGGAGCGGAGGCUCCCCCCGGUGGCCGUCCCCGCUCGCAAGCACGUGUCGGGCUUCAGCAGCUCGCUGCGGACCUCGGCCCCCGCGGGGGAGGCCGUGGGGGGCCCUCGCCGGCCGCCCCGCAAGCCCACCAUCCUGCGGAAGAUCUCGGCCGCGCAGCAGCUGUCGGCCUCCGAGGUGGUCACCCACCUCGGGCAGACGGUGGCCCUGGCCAGCGGGACGCUCAGCGUGCUUUUGCACUGCGAGGCCAUAGGCAACCCGAGGCCUACCAUCAGCUGGGCCAGGAACGGAGAAGAGGUUCAGUUCGGUGACAGGAUUCUUCUACAGCCAGAUGAUUCCUUACAGAUCCUGGCACCAGUGGAAGCUGAUGUGGGUUUCUACACUUGUAAUGCCACAAAUGCCUUGGGAUAUGACUCUGUCUCCAUUGCCGUCACAUUAGCAGGAAAACCACUAGUGAAGACAUCACGAGCGACUGUGAUCAACACCGAGGAGCCUGCAAUCACAGUUGAUGUGGGAAGCACCAUCAAAACAGUGCAAGGAGUGAAUGUGACAAUUAACUGCCAAGUUGCAGGUGUGCCUGAAGCUGAAGUCACUUGGUUCAGGAAUAAAAGCAAACUGGGCUCCCCUCACCAUGUGCACGAAGGCUCCUUGCUGCUCACAGACGUGUCCCCCUCUGAUCAGGGCCUGUACUCCUGCAGGGCAGCCAAUCUGCAUGGAGAGCUGACCGAGAACACGCAGCUGCUGCUCCUAGAUCCCCCCCAAGUCCCCACGCAGUUGGAAGACAUCAGGGCGUUGCUUUCAGCCAUUGGACCGAACCUUCCUUCAGUGCUGACAUCUCCUCUGGGAGCACAGCUGGUCCUGGAUCCUGGGAAUUCCGCUCUCCUUGGCUGUCCCAUCAAAGGCCACCCUACCCCCAAUAUCACCUGGUUCCAUGGUGGUCAGCCAGUUGCCACUGUCCCAGGACUGACACAUCAUGUCUUGGCAGCUGGACAGAUUCUCCAGGUUGCAAAUCUUAGUGGCGGGUCUCAAGGGGAAUUCAGCUGCCUUGCUCAGAAUGAGGCAGGAAUACUCAUACAGAAGGCCUCUUUAGUGAUCCAAGAUUACUGGUGGUCUGUGGACAGACUGGCAACCUGCUCGGCCUCCUGUGGUAACAGGGGCAUUCAGCAGCCCCGCCUGAGGUGUCUCCUGAACAGCACAGAGGUCAACCCCACUCACUGCGCAGGGAAGGUGCGCCCUGCUGUGCAGCCCAUCGCCUGCAACCGGAGAGACUGCCCUUCUCGGUGGAUGGUGACCUCCUGGUCUGCCUGUACCCGGAGCUGUGGGGGAGGUGUCCAGACCCGCCGGGUGACCUGCCAGAAGCUAAAAGCCUCUGGGGUCUCCACCCCUGUGUCCAAUGAUCUGUGUACACAACUCGCCAAACGGCCAGUAGACACCCAGGCCUGUAACCAACAGCUCUGUGUAGAGUGGGCCUUCUCCAGCUGGGGCCAGUGCAAUGGGCCUUGCAUCGGGCCUCACCUAGCCGUGCAACACAGACAAGUGUUUUGCCAGACGCGGGAUGGCAUCACCUUACCAUCAGAGCAGUGCAGCGCUCUUCCGAGGCCCGUGAGCACUCAGAACUGCUGGUCAGAAGCCUGCAGCGUACACUGGAGGGUCAGCCUGUGGAGCCUGUGCACGGCGACAUGUGGCAACUACGGCUUCCAGGCCCGGCGCGUGGAGUGUGUGCACGCCCACACCAACAAGGCGGUGCCCGAGCACCUGUGCUCCUGGGGGCCCCGGCCCGCCAACUGGCAGCGCUGCAACAUCACCCCAUGCGAAAACAUGGAGUGCAGAGACACCACCAGGUACUGCGAGAAGGUGAAGCAGCUGAAGCUCUGCCAACUGAGCCAGUUCAAAUCUCGCUGCUGUGGGACUUGCGGCAAAGCGUGAAGACGCGCCGGGGAAGAGCUCCACGCUGGCACGCAGAGGACUCCCGCCACCACCUCGGACAGAACUUAAGCUUUCUUCGUUUAUUUAUUUAUUUCCCUCUCCGCCCCCCCCCCCACUCACACCCGUCCACCCUCUCCCCCCCCCCCCAGACGUGAGGACCUCGCUCGUCCUCUCUCCCAGUUAGCUGGAGGACAGAAGGUCGGGGAAAGACAAGGAAAGAGGCCGAAAGGAGCUUGCAGAGCGGACGCCGUCCCAAACCCAGGUCCCAGACAGACCAAGGAAGAGGGAAGCUAGCUCCUGGGGACAACAGGGAGUCAGAGGCCGGAGCAGACAGAGAGGGCGGGGGGGGGGGGGGGGGGGCGCCGCGUGCACAAGGCACCACUGAUACAGACUGGGGACAGCCAACCGUGUCUUUGCCGGCAGCACACGGUUGACAAAGGAGCGUGCUUCCAAUUCAGUCGUCCUGUGCCUCGGCCUUGGGACGAGCAGGCAGGGAGGGGAGGACGCCACAGCGAGGCAGUGCCCAGGCCAGAACUCCGCUCUUCUGGUGGGGGAGCAAUGGGAACUCAAAGCAUGGACACCAGCAGUCAGGAGGAGACAACCAGGUGGGCCUCAAGCACCAUGCUUCAGAAAGCCAGCUGGGGGUGGGGAAGGGGACAGAAGCAAAAAGAACCCUGUGCACGCUCCUCAGUGGGCAAGUACAGGUAGAUGAAGAGGAGGGAGCAGGCAGGAGGCUCAGGGAAGGGGCACUCGGAACUGCGCCGCAACAUCACAGAGGGCACAGGCCCUGGGGGCCCAUGCUGUGUGGGAGAAGAUAUACCCUCCUUGGGGUGCAGGGGAGUCCCCACUCCCCAUGCCGUCUCCGUCAACUCUCUGCCUGUACACCCAUAGCAAAGCUAGCAAGACAUCACGGUCUAGCUAUGCAGUCAGGCCACCCUGGCGUCUCUCCCUAAAUCAAGAGUUCCACUCCUCCCCCUGCCCCAACUCAGAAUUAAUAACCACUGAUGUGGGCCAGGGGGAUUUGGGGCUUGAAUAGGCUGGGUUUUCAGCCUGUAUGGCCUAUGCUACUCCACUCAAGGGCCAGGGAUUCGGGUCAAUUUGCCAGAGUAUCUAUCAGGUCUUAGUAGCCACUUCCAGGGACACGGGGUGGGAUUGCCUGGCUUGUGUGGGCCUUUCUAGGAGCACAGUGAGAGCUGCCCUCCUAUUUACACAGCAGCUCGGGGCAGGGUGAUGGGGUGUGGUGGCAAAGCCAUAGGAUAACUAAAGCUUGCAAAAGGGUCCCCAAAGUCUUCUCAACCUGUUUCCCCCACAUCAUGAAAUACUAUGAACAUUCUAAGAAGUAAUAUCCACCAGUUUGGGUAAUUCGGUGAGCAAGGCAGCACAUACUCUUCUAGAAAUGCCCAUCAGCUAGAGUAAAACAGCUGUAGCCAAGUAUAGUGGCAAAGUUGAAUUUCUGGAACUAUUUAGCAAAUUGCUCUUUCAACAGAGGGGCUUCGGGUGAGUGGUUUUGGCCACCUCCCCCUGAGUGAACACCACUCAAUAGCCAGGGCAACACAGUCACCAUCACUCACCCCUUGGAUAAAUUGUGCCCCCCAUACCAACUCACAAAAUGCCACUCACCCUGGGGCUGCCACUGAUACCCGAGCUGUGUUUUCCAGCCCACCUGGAAGUCAGAGACAGGGGGAAAGACAGUAUUAAGCUGUGUCCUCCCCAGGCGAGCUAUGGACAAUUAAGGUUGGGACUCUUUCUUCCUCACCACAGUAGGCUCUAAGAAAUCAUGUUCCUAAAAAUCGGUGUCAUUUUAUUUAAAAUAAAAGAGAAUGUUUUCUAUGUCUGUAUAUCUUUUGUGAAUAUUUAUUAGGAUUUCUUGUAUAAAAAAGUGCAAUAUUAAUAAUUGUACAUUGUCAUCCAGAAAACAGAAUAUUUGGGGGACUUUUUAUUAACUUCCUGCGGUUAUGUUCCUGUAAACUCAGUGGUAAUUAUUGUAUUGUUCCUAUUUUUAACAGAACCUGAUGUUUAAUUCCGGAUCCAUUCACUGUGUACAGAAUAGGUUGCAAAGCUAACAUGGGAGGACAGGGCAGUAAGAGGAGAUUCACUUGUGACACAAUAGUUAUGCAUGGGAUGAAGACGACAGAUUCCAUCCUACUAACUGACGUGGUUAUUUUUCUAGUUCAAUAGCCAUGGAAAACCAGUGGCCAAUAUUUACGUUUCCUAAAUAGCAGGUGUCCUCCAGCGCUGCCUCGUGGGGGGCUGCAGAGGUUGGAGUGGGUGUCAGAGCGAGCCUGGAGGACCUAGGUUUGGGGUGGGAAGUAGCGCGCUCCUUGCAUGAGGUGAAUGUACAUUUACUGUUUGUUCUGUGAAUCGUGACUCAGCAGCAGCACAAGAUUAUUAGAGCGGCUGAACAAUGUGGCAGGAGGCACUUCCUCCUCUAAAAACACAAAACUGUAUUUAUAUUUUUUGUACAGAUAAUACA